AGUCUGUGAAACAGUAGCUUACAUGAUCAUCCAGCAUCUGUUUGCUUCUUUCUAGGUUGUGGAAUCACUACAGUCCCAAUAACAAGUCCACCAUUUCCUACGAACUCUUCCUGGACAAGCUAGGCUUUGGAAAUAGCCAUAGCAUCAAGAUUGCUCCAGUCUGCACUAAGCUAGAGAUGUCUAGCCGAGGGACAACUCCACCUGAGAAAGUCAAACACAGGAAGCAGAGACCAGAAUCAGUUUCCAGCUCGUGUGAUGCCCCAUCAGCUCUGCCACACAGGAAGCUGCAGACUCUUUUCUACGACAAGGGCCUUUGAGCAGCCUGCACAAGAUGAAGACAACAUGGAUUUCCAGGACAUUUACCAUCGACUGAAAGAGAUCUUCCAUCUGCUGGACACGAAGGAAGAAGGUUUUAUCACUCGAGCAGACCUGCGGCAUUUACUGGAGAGACCAGGUGGGACCUGGCCCCGAAAAACAAAGCCUCGCCUUCAACGGUCACAGAUCCCAGAGUUGCUCAAUGCCCUGGACCCAAAACACACUGGGGUCAUCCAGCUGGCAAGCCUGGAGAGACUCAACCCCAGCAUCACCUCUGCUCCCACCGGCAACACAGCACCACCACACUCCCCUACUAACACUGCCGGGCCCCUGGAAGUCCUGGAGGAGACUGAAGACACUGCUGAAGAGCAAAAAACACCAGAUGAGAGGCAGACCACGCAGUGUGCUGAUAAAGUGUAUGUGACAUCUGCUUCAUGGAGAACAGUGGAGAAUGUAUCGCUGGGCAAGCUGUGUGACCCUCAGCACAUUACACAGGAAGAUCUGAGGAAGGCCAUAAGCUGCAAUGGCAUGUCUGUCUCAGACACACACUUUAACAAGCCAAGCACAUCACCUCAGACGACCCUUCAGUCAGUCAGUGGACAGCAGUCUCCCUUAGGCCUGCAGGUUGCUCCAGAGACCUGCACCAUCCUGGACAAUGUUUUCCAGAGGAUGAGAUCGAGGUUAGAGCAACGCCACAGCAGCCUGACUGACUGCAUCCAGGCCGUCACGCACAGCUCUGAUGGGACACUGUCAGAGACAGAUGUAUGGAAGAUACUAGAGGACAGCUGGGUCAUCUUAGACGAUACAAAUUUCAACAAGUUCACUGAACUGCUGGGCUGCAGGGAUGGACGGAUUGAGUGCUCACUGUUCCUGGCAAAGUAUGAGGAGGCCACAGUCAGAGACAGAGAGCAGGGCUCUGAGGGUCAUGGUGAGAAAGCUGAGGUUGACCCCCUGCUAUCUUGUGCUGAGCAGUGCCUGGCUGCUAUGAAGACCAGGAUCAAGAUCAUUCAUGGGGACAACCUGACAGCCUUCUGCCUGAUGGACAGGAAACAUAAAGGCGUGGUCAACUGCCAUGAUUUCAAAAGGCUGUACAACAGCCUGAGAUUUUUCUGCAGGGAUGGAGAGUACCAGCGGCUGCUGGAUCUGAUUGGCCUGCAUCCCGGUGGCAACCUCAACUACGCAGAAUUUGUUGAUGUUGUUGAAAAUCAUGGCAAACGCAAACAAGGGACACAAAGAGCGAGUUUACAAGAGCAGCUCCAUGAACUCCUGGCCUGUGAAGCACGCUACAAGUGGGCAGACAUGUCUAAGGUGCUGUGCCAGUUUGACACAGAUAGUCAGGGUUGGAUCCACAAAAAUAGCUUGAGGGAAUUUCUCUUCACCUAUGCUCUUCCCAUGAGGUCUGACGAGUUUGACCAGCUUUGGUUGAGGUAUGACCCAGAGCAGCGGGGCAGUGUAGCGGUUUGUGACUUCCUGGAAAAACUGGGGAUUUAUCAUGAAGGGGAACUCAGGUCUCUGAGCCAGAAGCUAAAGCGAACUGUUGCCCAACCUGACAGACAUGUUUCCUCUGAUGCUGCCUCGCUGGAAUGUAUAGAACAGACUCUGCAGGAGAACUAUGAAGGGUUGAGCGACUGCCUGGCUCACCUGGAGACGAGGAGCGAUGGUACAGUGACAGUGGAGGAGCUGCUGGGCCUGUUACAGACCUACAGCUGCUCCGUCCAGAGAGAGCAGCUUGUAAAUCACUUGCGCAGGCUCAACGUUUCCAUGGGUGAUAAUGGCAAGAGGCUAUCUUACAUGGAUUUCCUGUCUGCAUUUGACCAUAAAGCAGAGAAGUGUGAGCCUCCUCCUGUUUCCCCUGAUGCUGUGUGUCAGAUAGAGUCUUUGUCGGGCCUCAGUCCAAGUGUGGCUGUGGCCAAGAUGCAAGAACUAGUAACUGUUUCAGCACCCCAUCUGUAUAAGGCAUUCUUGGCCUUUGACCUGAGCGGCAAAGGGAUGGUCAAAGCUCUGGAAUUUCGUCAGGUGCUGGAGAACUUUUGUGCCCACCUAUCAGACAAACAGUACAAAUACAUGCUGACCAAACUUGAGUUGGACUGUGAGAACUGCACUGUUAACUGGAAGGAUUUCCUCCGCAAGUUUCAGUCACAGAGCCCGGUGAUAUCAGCAGAGAGGUCUGUGAGUUGGACCUGGGAGAAAGGGACUAACACCAGAUCCCCUAUCCAGACGAAGACCUCCGAAAUCACAGAGCAUCUGCAGCAGAUCCAGGAAGUUGUCUCAGGUCAUUCGUACGAAAUCACCAAAGAGCUGAUGAAUUUGGACCCCUCCAACAGCACUACAAUCUCAAAAGAGCAGUUCAGAAAGCUUUGUGAUCACCACUGCUUGACACUCACAAAUGACCAGUUUGAGUGUGUGUGGAGUCAGAUGCCAGUGAAUGAGCAGAAGAAGCUGCAAUGCAGAAAGUUUCUCUGGCACUUUGGCGCUUUGGGCAGGACCCCCCACACAAAGGUAGGGGGUACCACCAACAACGUCCCAUCGCCUUCCCCUGAGCCUGGAGAAACAGUCUCAGCAACAAUAUCUUGUUGCCCAGAGACCGCAGGUGCCAUUCUGCAACGCACUAAGUCUGCCCCCCAGUGCACCUCCAGGCAUCCUGCCUCAGUGGGGAGACCAGGAACAGGAAGCCCGCUGGGCAGCAUAGAGAGGAGGCUGCGUGGGGUGGUGCAGCGCUGCUGGAAGGAGAUCCAGAGGAGCUGUACCAAGGAAGAUCCACAACAACAGGGACACAUCAGCACUACCUCCUUCCUGGAGAUCCUCCAGUCUCUCAGCAUCAAUAUAACUCGGGAGCAGUUUGAACAUCUGGCUGCGAACUUUGACAUCACGAAUAAUGACUGUGUUAUAUAUCACAACUUCCUUCAUCACUUCGUCCUGAACCUAAAACCAGCAGAGGCUUGGAGGCCAUUUGGUCGACAUAAACUCCCUCUUCCUACAACAACGACGAGCCAGGGUGUUCUGAGCAAAGACUGUGUGGAGGUCAUGCUAAGGAUCUAUGAUGUGGUUCGCUCCACCUGGACCUCCGUCAGACGCUGCUUUCUGAUGUUUGACCGCACACGCACAGGAAUCGUCUCCGUGCAGGACUUCAGGAAGGUGCUGCGCCAUUUCAGCUUGAAUCUGUCGGAGGAGGAGUUCUUCCACCUCUGCUCUUAUUUUGAUGCCAACUCCACAGGGAAGAUCUACUACAACAACUUCCUUCGGCCAUUUCUUCACUGACCUUCAUUCACAUGGCUAUAGCUGCUUCAGCAAAAAUGGACAACUGGGCAAAAUGUUCUAGCUUCAGCUUUCGGCUUUAGUGUUAAGCUUUUUUGUAAUUUAAUUCAUUGUUUAAUUCAAAACGCUAUAAAAAGCAAAAUGGUGGCCUUUGCUUUUUUACCUAGUCUGAAAUCCCCUGCAAACUGAGCGUAACAUUAAAUACUCAUUACUAACUAACA